AUGUCUUCCAACGACGCGAAAGACGGGACCGCAGCCCCGGUCGACAACCCAUACGGGCAGAUGUGCUGGCUGGAGAUCCCCGUCGCCGACGCGGCUCGUGCAGCCAAAUUCUACACGGCGGUGCUGGGCUGGGAGUGUGCUGAGACCAGCAUGCCGUCGCCGACGCCAUGGGUCAAGACGGUACACUUCUUCAACAAGGGCGAGCUCCAUGGGGGGUUCCUUCUCAUGAAGGAGGGAAACCAAAUCGUCAAUUAUGACAAGGAGAGGCCGGAACGAAUGCCCUUGCUACCGACCUUCUGCGUCCGCAGCAUUGAGGAGACGCUGGGUGAGGUUAAAAGCUUCGGCGGGAAGCUUCAUGUGUAA